GCGUGGUCAGUCUGGGGGCAUCGCUCAACCCCGCGGUCACCGCCGCUGCUGCGGGCGGCCCACGAGCCGGGCAGGUCCCAAAGCAAGGAAAGUGCGGGUGGCCGUCGCGGCAAAGGGCCCCGCACCCGGCAUCUGGCGUCUAGCAGCAGUGGGAGAGCAGAUGCUAAACUACUGGCGGACUGCAGAGGAGAGGAGUCCCGUCUUCUCCUGAUGUGUUUGCCUGUAGGUACCUGAGCUGACACCAAAGGUGCCUAAAGAUGCUGAGCAGCGUUUGGUUCCUCAGUGUGUUAAUGGUGGCCGGGUUCUUACAGACAGAGAGUCGCAAAACUGCCAAAGACAUUUGCAAGAUCCGCUGCCUGUGCGAAGAGAAGGAAAACGUACUGAAUAUUAACUGUGAAAACAAAGGAUUUACUACUGUCAGCCUGCUCCAGCCUCCCCAGUAUAGAAUCUACCAGCUUUUCCUCAAUGGAAACCUCCUGACAAGACUGUACCCAAACGAGUUUGUAAAUUACUCCAACGCAGUGACUCUCCACCUAGGUAACAACGGUCUGCAGGAGAUCCGAACUGGAGCAUUCAGUGGCCUGAAAACACUCAAGAGACUACACCUCAACAACAACAAGCUGGAGGUGCUGAGGGAGGACACCUUCCUGGGCCUGGAAAGCCUUGAAUACCUCCAGGCUGACUACAAUUACAUCAGUGCCAUUGAGGCAGGGGCAUUCAGCAAACUUAAUAAGCUCAAAGUACUCAUACUGAAUGACAACCUUCUUCUGUCACUGCCCAGCAAUGUGUUCCGGUUUGUCCUGCUGACCCACUUAGACCUGAGAGGAAACAGGCUGAAAGUGAUGCCUUUCGCUGGUGUCCUUGAACAUAUUGGAGGGAUCAUGGAGAUUCAGCUGGAGGAAAACCCAUGGAACUGUACUUGUGACUUACUUCCUCUCAAGGCUUGGCUGGACACCAUAACUGUUUUUGUGGGAGAGAUUGUCUGUGAAACUCCCUUUAGAUUGCAUGGGAAAGAUGUGACCCAACUGACCAGGCAAGACCUCUGUCCCAGAAAAAGUUCUGGUGACUCCAGGGGCAGCCAUGCUGACACACACAUCCAAAGGCUGUCACCUACAAUGAAUCCUGCUCUCAACCCAACCAGGGCUCCAAAAGCCAGCCGACCACCCAAAAUGAGAAAUCGUCCAACUCCCCGGGUCACUGUUUCGAAGGAACGACAGAGCUUUGGCCCGAUCAUGGUGUACCAGACCAAGUCCCCUGUGCCCCUAACCUGCCCCAGUAGCUGUGUGUGCACCUCUCAGAGCUCAGACAAUGGUUUAAAUGUAAACUGCCAAGAAAGGAAGUUCACUAAUAUAUCCGACCUGCAGCCCAAACCUACCAGUCCAAAGAAACUCUACCUGACAGGGAACUAUCUUCAAACUGUCUAUAAAAAUGACCUCUUAGAUUAUAGUUCUUUGGAUUUGUUACAUUUAGGAAACAACAGGAUUGCAGUCAUUCAGGAAGGUGCUUUCACAAACUUGACCAGUUUACGCAGACUUUAUCUAAAUGGCAAUUACCUUGAAGUGCUGUAUCCUUCUAUGUUUGAUGGACUGCAAAGCUUGCAGUAUCUCUAUUUAGAAUAUAAUGUCAUUAAGGAAAUUAAGCCGCUAACCUUUGAUGCUUUGAUUAACCUACAGCUACUGUUUCUGAAUAACAACUUGCUGAGGUCCUUGCCUGAUAACAUAUUUGGGGGCACAGCCCUCACCAGGCUGAAUCUGAGAAACAACCAUUUUUCUCACCUGCCUGUGAAAGGGGUUCUGGAUCAGCUUCCAGCUUUUAUCCAGAUAGAUCUGCAAGAGAACCCGUGGGACUGCACCUGUGAUAUCAUGGGGUUAAAGGACUGGACAGAGCAUGCCAAUUCCCCUGUCAUCAUCAAUGAGGUGACCUGUGAGUCUCCUGCUAAGCAUGCAGGGGAGAUCCUGAAGUUUCUGGGGAGGGAGGCUAUCUGUCCAGACAGUCCAAACUUGUCAGACGGAACUAUUCUGUCAAUGAAUCACAACACAAACACACCUCGGUCACUUAGUGUGUCUCCCAGUUCCUAUCCUGAACUACACACUGAAGUCCCACUUUCUGUCUUAAUUUUAGGAUUGCUUGUUGUCUUUAUUUUAUCUGUCUGUUUUGGGGCUGGUUUAUUCGUCUUUGUCCUGAAACGCCGAAAGGGGGUGCCCAGUGUUCCGAGGAAUACCAACAACUUAGAUGCAAGUUCCUUUCAGUUACAGUAUGGGUCUUACAACAGUGAGACUCAAGAUAAAACAGAUGGCCAUGUCUAUAAUUAUAUCCCCCCACCUGUGGGGCAGAUGUGCCAAAACCCCAUCUACAUGCAGAAGGAAGGAGACCCAGUGGCCUAUUACAGAAACCUGCAAGAAUUCAGCUACAGCAACCUGGAAGAGAAAAAAGAUGAGCCAGCUACUGUUGCUUACACUAUAAGUGCCACUGAAUUGCUAGAAAAGCAGGCCACACCAAGGGAGCCUGAGCUACUGUAUCAGAAUAUUGCUGAGCGAGUCAAGGAACUCCCCAGUGCAGGACUAGUCCACUAUAACUUUUGUACCUUACCUAAAAGGCAGUUCGCCCCUUCAUAUGAAUCUCGACGCCAAAACCAAGACAGAAUCAAUAAAACCGUUUUAUAUGGAACUCCCAGGAAAUGCUUUGUGGGGCAGUCAAAACCUGACCACCCUUUACUGCAAGCUAAGCCACAAUCAGAACCAGACUACCUCGAAGUUCUGGAAAAACAAACUGCAAUCAGUCAGCUGUGAAGGGAAAUCAUUUAUAACCCUAAGCAUCAAAGGAUGCUGCUCCAAACUGUUGGAAGCAGGGCAUUUGUUUUCCUGUCUGUGUUCUCCCUUUCCCAUUGUCAGUGGGGGUUUUUGAAGAUGUGUGGGGGAUGGAGUGAAGCAAAUGAAAAUGCUUUUUCAAGCUUUCUUUUAAAUUAUUUCUCUCUUACUCCUGUCCCCACCUCUUUUUCUUUCUCUUCUUAGGAAUCAUCAUUGAACAUGAAUGUUUCUACAAUGCAUUUUUUCAUGUAUUUUGUUUAUGGUUUUGUUGCUCUUCUUUGAUUUUUCCAGUGGGGGAUGGGAAGAGGAGACUAUAGUGAAUGAAGAAAGAGUAAGCAAGCUUUUCAAAUGAAAUUAGCUAUUUAGUGUAUUUUGUAAACGAUCUCAAAAGAUCUUUUGAGUCUAUAAACGCUUCUGUAAAUAAUGAUAUAUGGUAUUUUCAUCUUUAGUUACCAAGUAUAGCCAAUAGGCCUCACUUCUUUGUGUUAAAGUGCCUUUGCACUUUAAGUACAUUACUUAUAUGUUGCUUUUAGCUUUGAUAAGCUGAACAUAUUUUAAUGUGUUGUAUUUUUGAAAUUAAAACACUGUAAAAUAGAUAAAAAUGUCAGCUAUAUUAAGUCAAUGUACAGUUUGCUUGAGUUAUAGAAACCAGCCUGUCAUCAAAUGACUCUAGUUCUAGGACUUUAUAGACUUAACUGUAAAAUAUUUCCUUUCUGCUGGGUUUGUUCUAAGUGAUUUUAUUUAAGUCAACUAAGGGGAUUUAACAGUGGACUAGAGGUAAUAAACUGCCUCAGUCUGGAUUAGUAAUUCAUUAAUAAAAUAUAUUUAACCCAAUAUCAGAGUGAAUUGAACAAUUAAUGCCCUUCUGUAAAUCAUUAUUUUACAUUAACAUGGUCAGUGUUUUAGAUUAUUUUCCUAAUUAAAAAUACAUUACACAACUUGUAAUAUAUUUUCUGCUUUAAAUUAGAUAUUUUUAUAUAUUUCAAUGAUAGAGACUGUAUUUCUAACUUUUUAAUUGAAAUUAAUAUUUUUUCUGCUUAUUGAAACAUUUUCUAUAAACAUACACCAGUAGAGGCCGCCACACACCUCAUUUAAUAAAGACAUAUGAGCCAUUAAAUACCUUGAAGGAAGAUUUCAAAGGUGAGAUUAAAACUUCCCAAGUAAAUUAUCUAUAAAUUCAAGGCAGCAGAGACAAAUGUAAGCAUUACUUUCCUUUAGAAUUAAAAGUUAGACUCAGAAUUCUCAAUUUUCACAUGUUCAGAGAAAGCAACGUUUUCCUCUUGAGUUCAUUGAAGCAUCGACAGGGUGCUAUCAAAUCAUGUGCUAUUUGCACCUCCAAAUAGAUUAAUAAAUACCUAAACCAAGAAAGUAAGCAUCUUUUUUUCUUGUGCCUUUUUUAGGCAUGUGUUACUGGAAUUUUUCCUUGUCAGUUUGAGCAAGCCUUUUGUUUUGGUUUUAACGUUAAAGUGAUUUUUAACUAACCAAGUUUAUAUAACAUUUAUGAAGCCUUAUUAGCCUGCAAAUAAUUUUAGAUGCAAACAUUAUUGUGUAAUUUAAACAAACAGCCUUUCUUUGCAACAAAAAUAGUUUUGUUUUGUCUCUUGUAAAUCCUUAUGCAACUGGGAUAGUGAGCUGCAUAUAAAGUAGUCCAGCUUUUCAAAUCCUUAUUAAAGCAAUUGAUGGCGUCUGAAAGAAGCACACUGUUUCCUUUUCAUAAAUAGGUUACUGCACAUAAUAAUCCUUUAUUAUCCGGUGAAGAUUGAAGUGGAUCCUAAUAAUUUACUUUUAAAGCUUUAAAAUGACUAAUAGUAUAUUGUCUGUCAGUAUAAACAAUUCAUGUAACAGGCGUUCAAUUAGAAAUUACUUAAAUACAAAUUAUUUGUAUUAAUAAUGACUGGUGCAAAAUAGUUUUUAAACAAUAGAAGGUAAAUAUAUAUAAUAUAUAUAAUAUAUAUAAUAUAUAUAUAAUAUAUAUAUGUAUAUAUAUAUAUAUAUUUCAGGGAAAAGAAUGCCUCUAACAACCUAGAACCUCUACAUAUCUACAGUGACAAGCUAACAUGUUCAUUCUUUGAUUAGAGAUCAUAAUUCUUAUUUAAAUCCAUUAAAUAAAAAUUGAAAAUGGUGGGCUGAAAAUGAUCUAAGAGAAAGUUAAUGUACAGAGAUUUUACAUUUCACAGAAGCUAGUUGAACUUUGAGAUAUCUCCUGGAAACCACUCUUUGAGUGAAGUGUUUAUAUAUAAAAAAGUUGCAAAAAUCCUCUUGUUACUGCUUUCAUUUGGUACAACGAUAAAUACAGAAUACAGAUGUAGGUAAUUUGGGAAAUGAUUGUGAAGGUAAAUUAGUACUAUAUGUAUUCCAUUAAGAUAGUUUUUAGAUUUAAAUUAUAUGACUAGAACUACUAAUGUAUGAUUCUACUUCAGCAUUUGUUUUUAUUAUCCUGAAAGUAAAGUUAUUAUUGUAAAAUGCCAUUAUUCAUAGAAAAACAAAUUCAUUAAUUUUAAAUAAAGAUAGUUUUAAUAUUCAUUUAGUCACAUGAUUUUAAAAAGGCCUCCUUGGAAGAAUUCGGAUUUAUAAACUCUCUUAAUAAUUAUGUUUUAAUUCUAGAUUCUCACACUUUUCAGAUCUGUGCUUUAUUUAUAUUAGGUUUUAAAAUAAAAUCAUUUGAAUUUGGCCCAGACGAUUUCAUUUAAAGGCAUAAUACACCAUAUAUUUUGAAGCUUAAUUUUCUAAUGUAAUCACAAACACUUUAUGUUUAUUAGUUUAUUAACAUCCCCACUGAUUAUCUUGUUUUGCUUUACCCACUCAAGUGUUUUCAAAUAUAUUUUAUUUUAGGAUUUUUAUUUUGAUAUUAUACAGCUGGAUUUUGUGAUUUCACUUUUAUUUCACAUGCAGCUUGUAAUGGGUGUGAACAUCAGCAAAGUGAAAUGGUUCCAGCCAACAGAAUGUGAUAUCCCCUGGCCUUGCCUGGAACAGAUCUAUGUGUCUGGCCCUACAAAUGGCACAUGGUAAAUCCCUUUGCUUCUAGCUCUUAAUUCAUUGCUUUCACUGUUUCUGAAUAUACUUAUGGCUAAGUUUGUAUUCAAACACUUGAAAGUACCACUUCUCAGUCUGGACACAAUUGCCAAGACUCUAAUUUGGUUCUGGACUUUGGUCAACCUGCAUGCCUUGUUAUUUCACUCCAGCAGUUGGUGAGUAAGGAAAUGACCCUUCAAUUUCCUCUGCUUUGUCCUCUGACCUCUAAGGUGAUUUAAUUUUCUAAGUAUUUCCAUAUCAUCAGACUCUAUAUUUUAUGGAUUUUACUAAAGUCUAUAAGGAAUUAAAGAGAGUUUUGUGAUUUAAAAAAAAAAAUAUUUGUAUUGAUUUCAGAGAGGAAGGGAGAGGGAAGAGAGAGAUAGAAACACCAAUUUUGAAAGAGUCAUUGAUCAACAACUGCCUCCUGCAAGCCCCCUACUGGGGACCCAGCCGGCAACCAGGGAAUGUGCCCUUGACCAGAAUUGAACCUGGGACCCUUCAGUCUGCAGUCUAUGCUUAUCCACUGAAUCAAACCAGCUAGGGCGAGUUUUGUGAUUUUUAAGAUUCUGGAAAUUCAUUUUGAUUUUAAACAUUCCAGAAACAUACUGGAUUGAAUGCUAGCGUGAACAAAGCCUUCCAGACAAUUCUAAUCCAGUCAUUUCUUCAUUCAUUCAAAGACUAUUUAUUAAGUGCUUGCUUCUUAGGUGUCAGGUUCUAUGCUGCUUGCUGAGGGGGUACAGAGAUACAGUAGACAGGAUCUCUGCCCCACCCAUCACUCCCAUCCCCUGCAAUGAGCUUAGUGCUAAUAAAGAAUAUGAAUGACAAUCACUCAUAUUAAACAGUGGGAACAGUAUUGAAAUGCAGGAAGUUGCAUUUUUAAAGGUGAUUCUGUACAAUGAAAUAUAAACAGAUACAUCAUAAAUAAACCAGCUACAUUGUAACUACCAUUAACAUCUCUUGAGAGUUAUAUAGCUAAGAAGGAAAACAAUCACUAAAAUAAAACAAAUUUCUGCAGAAACAGAGCCCAAUAUUGUGGCCUGAAGACAGCUGCAUACAUGUGCUAUCUAAAGAUCUCCACUGUAAAGAUGAAUCCCAAAAAUGUAAAUAUAAAAUUGCAAACUUAAUUAAAUUUUCUGGAAUAUCCAUGUUUUAGAGUCAAUAUUUACAUUAUAUAUCAGUGGCUUAAAAGAUAACAUUUUGGUUUAAGUGUCUUUUACUAAUACAAUACAAAGGCACUUAUCUAAAUCCUGAAAGGGAAAAUUAAGUACUGUAUAUCCAUGUACUUUGCUUCUCACUAUUGUUAUGAAAAUGUCACGUGUAAAUUAAAGUUUUAUAAAUCAAAUUGUACUUUAAAUGCAUUAGGAGAGCUAUCAUUUAGAGGAAACUUGUAAAUUUUUUAUAAAGCAGAAAAUUUUUUAUAAAGCAGAAAACCAUUUUAUAACGCAAAUAAUCACUCCCUAACUUAUGUUUUGUAUAUCUGGAUUUUCAAUAUCAACUUUGCUUAAAACAGAACCCGUCUGCAAAAUAAGAGUGUGUUUUGCCAAUGCUGCUUGUGCUACCAGUUUCUUGGUUGCUAAGGGCUUAUACUUGAAAAUCAGCUGCAGUUUUGUGUGAAUUGAACUAUCAAGUGAAUGGUGGAGAAACAGUCCUGAACAGUCUAAGUAGCCAACCCAUUUCAACUCAAUUGAACACAGAACUCUUCUGCUCAGCAGUGUCUCCUCUCAGAUGUGGAUAUGAUUCAUUAGAGGGUAGAAUGACUCCUAUAAGGUGCAUAGAGUCACAGAUUUUAUAAUUAAUAUGUUAUUAUGCAAACAUUGAAUUGCAUGUAUGAUGGGAUUUUUAGCAGUAUUUUAGCUUGAAAGUACUUGUGUAAAAACUUAGAUUUAGUUGCAAAUAAUUGUUCUCAAGUUAUUGGAAUAAAUGGCAAAUGAACAAGCCCUCGUGUAAAUAGACUUCUGCGCCAAAUAUUGACAUUGUUUCAAAAAAUAAAUGUCAUAUUUUGUGCUGUUAAUAGGCAAACUGAAAUAUUGGAAAUGUGAUCAAAUGAUAUUGUGUUUUUUUUGGAUAAACUGUUUACAUCGAUAUUUAUACUGUAGUUAGCUUUUAGUUAAUAAAUAUUUGCUGAAAAUGAACAGUUGAAUUAGAAAAAAUCUUCAGAAUCUUAAGAGAAAUUAAUGACAAAGUAUUACUGGAACCAUCCUCUUAGCCUUGAUAUACACUGUUUAAAUGUUUACAAAUGAAGGUAAUAAUUUUACGUAUUAAGGGGAAAAUUAGCUCUUUUAAAAAAUAUAUUGGCACUUUUCCAUGAACAUCUGUUAGUAUCAGACUAAGCAAUCAAUAAAAACAAUUCAAAUAGA